GGAUUAUGUCAUUUAAGUCUCAUGUACUUUGAGAGAAGAAGCUGAAGUAUAUUUGUUGGAGAAGUUCAUCAUUUCCUGUUAUGGUAAUAACUACCAAACCCCAGACACUUAGGAUGCAUCACUCUCAGCUUUUGAAAUCUAAAUCCAGUUCAUUAUGGGGCACAGGAACCAAGUCAGAGGGUAUAGAAACUUCCCAAGAGUCUACAAGUGGACAAUCUUUUUCAUAUAGAUUCCAACUUGAAGAGGAUGUAAAAAGAUUGCAACUUCAACUCCAAGAAGAAGUAGAGUUGCAUACUUUUUUAGAGAGCCUCUUGGAGAAAGAUCCUUGGGAGCUAUCUUCUUCUUCUUGUAGUGUUCCACAUCCUGCUCAAGAACUUAUUUCCAAUAUAGCCACGCUCGAGACUGCAGUCACGAAGCUCGAGCAAGAGAUGAUGUCACUGAAUUUCCAAAUUAGCCAAGAACGAAAUGAGAGAAGACUAGCUGAAUAUCAUUUAACACAUAUGGCUUCUCCACCAGAUUCUUCUUCUUCCUUGAUAUAUUUGGAUUCUGAAUCACAUCAAUCAGCAGAAGACAGUCCACGUCAAGACCAACCAGUCCAAAACCAAGAAUCUUCUUCUGAGUCAUCUCCCACAGAAUCAACCAAUGAGGUAUUGGACUCAAGUAAUCAAUAUCUUGAGAAGAAGCAAAUGAGAAAGACAAAUGCAAGGAAGCUACCUAGAGGAAUGCCACCUAAGUUCAUGUGGGAUCACCCUAAUCUAUUAUCUGAAGAAAUGGUGAGAUGCAUGAAGAACAUCUUCAUGUCUCUCGCUGAUCCGACAGCAACUUCAAAAGCAUCAUCAAACGAGAGCCAGCUCUCACCGGUGUCAGUAUCACCACGUGGGCAUCUAUCAAGCUCAUCAUCCUGGUGGCCAUCAACAGAACGGUCAAUGAUCUCUUCAUGGGUGCAAAGCCCUCAAAUAGAUAUCCAAAACAACACUGAUGUCUUGGCCACAGGAAACGUCUUUGACCCUUAUAGAGUUCGUGGGAAGCUGAGCUGGGCAGAGAUUGGAAACUACAGUUUGGCGUCAGAGGUUUCUUGGAUGUCUGUUGGGAAGAAACAGUUGGAAUAUGCUUCCGGGGCACUGAGGAAGUUUAGGACACUUGUGGAGCAACUGGCUAGAGUGAACCCAAUUCAUUUGAGCUGCAAUGAGAAGCUAGCUUUCUGGAUUAACCUUUACAACGCGUUGAUCAUGCAUGCUUAUUUGGCUUAUGGUGUCCCAAAAAGCGACUUGAAGCUCUUCUCCUUGAUGCAAAAGGCUGCUUAUACUGUUGGAGGGCACUCAUACACUGCGGCGGCAAUGGAGUAUGUGAUACUGAAGAUGAAACCUCCUACUCACAGGCCACAAAUUGCACUGCUUCUUGCUAUUCACAAGCUGAAAGUAUCAGAAGAACAACGCAAAGCAAGCAUUGAUACUCAUGAACCUCUUCUUGCCUUUGCCUUAAGCUGUGGAAUGUACUCUUCCCCUGCGGUGAGGAUCUACACAGCCAAAGGAGUGAAGGAAGAGCUACUAGAAGCUCAAAGGGAUUUCAUACAAGCAUCUGUUGGGCUGAGCAGCAAAGGGAAGCUCUUGGUACCUAAAAUGAUCCAUUGUUACGCCAAGAGCUUGGUGGAGGAUUCAAACUUGGGGGUGUGGAUAGCGAAGUACCUUCCACCAAAUCAAGCAGCUUUUGUGGAACAGUGCAUCUCUCAGAGAAGACAAAGCCUUCUCCCCUCACGUAACUGUGGAAUACUCCCAUUUGAUUCUCGUUUCAGAUAUCUGUUCCUCCCCGACAACAACAACAACAACUCCUCUUAAGUAAUAAGCUUGUAGAAGUUCUGUUUUGUCUGUAAAAAGCGUGACUGACUUCAUAAGAACCAAGAGCCAUAGGAAGCUGUGUGCAUCAACAUGAUCAUAUUAUUAUUAUUCCCGGCUUAGCUUUGGGGCUUAAUCAGUGUACAUGUUAAAAAAUAAAAUAUAUGUGAAAAGAAUGUGGUUGAAAGUGUUAAA